GCGGUGCUGAGGGGAAGCGGCGGCCGAGGCCUCAGCGCAGCGUUCGCCGUAACGGCAGCCGCGGGUGCUGGGGGGCCGCCCCCUCCGCAGCGACCCCGGCCCUGGGCCCGCCGGGCUGGUGGCGGGACCAGGCCGCAGGCGGGGCCGUUUUCAAACCUGCCAUUAGCCGUUAUUGGACCAGUGCGAAAACACAGAGAUCCGGGCUUUUCCCAGUCCCGCUGGUCGCACCUUUUUUUUUUUUCCUAGAAAAUGGGGCCGUGUUUAUUUUGAAUAAAAUGUUCAUUACACAUUUUAAAUAGCACGUGUUUAAAGGUGGGGUUUGGAGAUGCCUGUAUGAAUGUGUAUGAGUAUAAAACUGAUUCUUGUCUGUCCCCAUAUAUGUUUAAAGACAGAUGGACUGAGGGGUUGGGAGCUUCAAGGGCUUGUAGAAACGUUCAGGAUAGGGUGAGUGCUGCUGCUUGCUGGAGUUACUGCUCUUGAAACAUUAAAUAUGUGUUUAAAGAACUGUAUGUGCCUCAAAUGAAUUAAAACAUCCUUCUAUGAAGAAAUAAAAACAGAUGAAGAUGUACGAGCCUCUUGCCAAAGUGGGGGGAAGUUAAGGAACAGCAGUGAAGUGCAAGCACGAGGACACAGGACAGACAGAGGCCAUUAAAACAUUGUAUAAGAAAUCAAAAAAAUCUGUUAAGAAAACCACAGUGAGAGAUGUAAAGUUUCUACAGCUUUAAAAUUUCAUCAAUAUUGUCAACCUGAUUCAUGUAUUUAGGCGGGGAAAAAAAAAAAGAUUUCACUUGGUGUUUGAAUUUAUCGAUCAUACAAUUCUAGAUGACCUUCACAGUUAUUUCCAUGGAUAGGAUGACAAAAGCCAAAAAUACCUUUUCCAGUUACUACAAGCAAUCAAGUACCUUCACAACAAUAAUAUUAUACACCAUUAUCUCACACCUGACACUAUUUUGUGAACACAAAGUGGAAUUACUAAACUUUGUGAUUCUGGUUUUGCUUAAACUUUAGCCUCCCCGGGUGAUGUUUAUACAGAUUAUGUGAUUACAGGAUGGUACAGGGCUCCUGAAUUGGUUUUAAAAGGUCCCACAUAUGAAUCUCCUGAUUUAUUAUCUGUUCAUAACGUACUUUUUUCCAAGCAGUUGGACACCUCAUCUUCAGGGUAUUUUAUAAGGAGCUUGAGUUUCUCAGGGAUGGUAUUUCCUGAAGUGCAGCAUGUUAGAAAUGCAAGGAAAAAGUUUCCCCAGCUCACUGCCUUACUGGCAAAGCUGGCAUUAUCCACGGAACUACUCAAGAGAUUCUUACCAGAGCUGAAAGCCAUACAAGAAACAAAAUUAAAUUCUCUUUCAAAGCACAGAGGGAAUAACAAAUAUGUAGAACUAUUGAAAGAUGAGAAGUGCUGUUUUUAA